AGAAAGGUCUGAGGUGUGCGCGGCUCCUGGAAGCGCUGGCAAGGACGGCAGCGCCUGGCUCCAUGCUGCUUUUACUUUGGGCUGAAUCGCAGGCUUGCUUUUAUUCGAUUUAUUUUCGCCAGAACCAGACAAGCAUUUGAAACCAGAUUCGAGCACUUGAGUUGCCUGUAGUGGAGUGGGGGUAAAAAAAACCCGCCACCAAAAAAACCCCCUCAUGGUGCUUUAAGUUUGAAUCCGUUAGAGACAACUUACCGCCAACCCACACUGCUGGAUUUUGAACCGAAGCUGUUAUUUACUUAGGGCUCAGUGAGAGCGUCUUCUCUAGGGACUGAAGCCAAACUACUGAGGAAGCUGGGAUUUACUUGGAUGUAUGGUAGAGAAACCUGUGGUUCCUUUAUGCUGCAGUUCAUUGUAUCCCUCUGUUACCUGUAAAUGGAAUUACAAAAAUCAACAAGUAUGCCUGGGCCAUUGUCUCCAGGAUAUGCAUCUCAGGUGCCGUAUAACUAUAAUCAGUUAGAAGGAAGAUUCAAGCAGUUACAAGAUGAACGUGAGGCAGUUCAGAAGAAGACUUUCACAAAGUGGGUUAAUUCCCACUUGGCACGCGUAUCAUGCAGAAUUACAGAUUUGUACACUGACCUUCGCGAUGGAAGGAUGCUCAUCAAACUUCUGGAAGUUCUUUCAGGAGAGAGACUUCCUAAACCAACUAAGGGAAGGAUGCGCAUCCAUUGCCUGGAAAAUGUUGAUAAAGCCCUCCAGUUCCUGAAAGAGCAAAGAGUGCACCUAGAAAACAUGGGAUCUCAUGACAUUGUGGAUGGGAAUCACAGGCUGACACUUGGUCUUAUUUGGACUAUUAUCCUGAGAUUCCAGAUCCAAGAUAUCAGUGUUGAAACUGAGGACAACAAGGAGAAGAAAUCUGCUAAAGAUGCUUUGCUUUUGUGGUGCCAGAUGAAGACAGCUGGUUACCCCAAUGUCAACAUUCACAACUUUACAACAAGCUGGAGGGACGGCAUGGCUUUCAAUGCACUAAUACAUAAGCACAGGCCUGAUCUGAUUGAUUUUGACAAGCUGAAGAAAUCAAAUGCACACUACAAUCUGCAGAAUGCUUUUAACCUUGCAGAACAACACCUUGGUCUUACUAAGCUCCUGGACCCCGAGGAUAUCAGUGUUGAUCAUCCUGAUGAAAAGUCAAUCAUCACCUAUGUGGUGACAUAUUACCACUACUUCUCCAAGAUGAAAGCUUUAGCUGUUGAAGGAAAACGUAUCGGAAAGGUGCUUGACAAUGCCAUUGAAACGGAGAAAAUGAUUGAAAAAUACGAAUCGCUGGCUUCCGACCUCCUUGAGUGGAUUGAGCAAACCAUUAUCAUCCUCAACAAUCGGAAAUUUGCCAACUCGCUAGUUGGUGUGCAGCAGCAGCUGCAGGCAUUCAACACUUACCGCACAGUAGAGAAACCACCCAAAUUUACAGAAAAAGGAAACCUAGAAGUGCUGCUUUUUACCAUCCAAAGCAAAAUGAGAGCCAACAAUCAGAAAGUAUACAUGCCAAGGGAGGGAAAACUCAUCUCUGACAUUAACAAGGCCUGGGAAAGACUGGAAAAAGCUGAACAUGAAAGAGAACUGGCACUGCGAAAUGAGCUCAUCAGACAAGAGAAACUGGAACAACUUGCACGCAGAUUUGAUCGCAAGGCAGCUAUGAGAGAAACUUGGCUGAGUGAAAAUCAACGUCUCGUUUCUCAGGAUAAUUUUGGCUUUGACCUUCCAGCAGUAGAAGCCGCAACAAAGAAGCACGAGGCCAUUGAAACAGACAUUGCAGCAUAUGAAGAACGAGUCCAGGCCGUGGUUGCGGUUGCAAAGGAGCUUGAGACUGAAAAUUACCAUGAUAUCAAACGCAUUACUGCCAGAAAGGACAAUGUUAUACGCCUAUGGGAGUAUCUCCUGGAGUUGCUCAGGGCACGGAGACAGCGGCUAGAGAUGAAUCUUGGUCUGCAAAAGAUUUUCCAGGAAAUGCUGUACAUUAUGGACUGGAUGGAUGAGAUGAAGGUGCUUCUGCUGUCGCAAGACUAUGGCAAACAUUUGUUAGGAGUUGAAGACCUGUUGCAGAAACAUGCUCUUGUGGAAGCUGACAUUGCUAUUCAGGCUGAGAGAGUGAGAGGGGUCAAUGCAUCUGCUCAGAAGUUUGCCACUGAUGGAGAAGGUUACAAACCAUGUGACCCGCAGGUUAUCAGGGACCGUGUCGCUCACAUGGAGUUCUGUUACCAAGAGCUGUGCCAGCUCGCAGCUGAGCGCCGGGCCCGCUUGGAGGAGUCUCGGCGCCUCUGGAAAUUCUUCUGGGAAAUGGCUGAGGAAGAGGGUUGGAUCAGGGAGAAGGAACAGAUCCUGUCCUCUGAUGACUAUGGGAAGGACCUAACCAGUGUUGUCCGUCUCUUGAGUAAACAUAAGGCGUUUGAAGACGAAAUGAGUGGUCGUAGUGGCCACUUUCAGCAGGCGAUAAAAGAAGGUGAAGACAUGAUUGCGGAGGAGCAUUUUGGGUCUGAGAAAAUCAGAGAAAGAAUUAAGGAUAUCCGGGAGCAGUGGGCUAAUUUGGAACAGUUAUCUGCCAUUAGGAAGAAGCGCCUGGAGGAAGCCUCUCUCCUUCACCAGUUCCAGGCUGAUGCUGAUGACAUUGAUGCAUGGAUGUUGGACAUCCUCAAAAUUGUCUCUAGCAAUGAUGUUGGCCACGAUGAAUAUUCUACUCAGUCCUUGGUCAAGAAACACAAAGAUGUGGCUGAAGAGAUUGCAAGCUACCGGCCAACCAUUGACUCACUUCACGAACAAGCAAAGGCCCUACCACAGGAACAUGCUGGAUCUCCAGAUGUGCAAGGCAGAUUGUCCGGAAUAGAGGAAAGAUACAAAGAGGUUGCUGAGCUGACUCGGCUGCGUAAACAGGCUUUGCAGGAUACCCUUGCUCUUUAUAAGAUGUUCAGUGAGGCAGAUGCUUGUGAGCUUUGGAUUGAUGAAAAGGAGAAGUGGCUGAAUAAUAUGCAGAUUCCAGAGAAGCUGGAGGACCUGGAAGUGAUCCAGCACAGAUUUGAAAGCUUAGAACCAGAAAUGAACAAUCAGGCAUCCCGUGUUGCAGUAGUGAACCAAAUUGCUAGACAGCUAAUGCACAGCGGCCAUCCAAGUGAGAAGGAGAUCAAAGCACAGCAAGAUAAACUCAACACAAGAUGGAGCCAGUUCAGAGAACUGGUGGAUAGGAAGAAGGAUGCUCUGCUCUCUGCCCUGAGUAUCCAGAACUACCAUCUUGAGUGUAACGAAACCAAAUCCUGGAUCAGGGAAAAGACCAAAGUGAUCGAAUCCACACAAGAUCUGGGUAAUGAUCUAGCUGGAGUGAUGGCCCUGCAGAGGAAGCUGACUGGCAUGGAACGUGACCUGGUAGCAAUUGAAGCCAAGCUAAGUGACCUGCAAAAAGAGGCAGAAAAGUUGGAAUCAGAGCAUCCUGACCAGGCACAGGCUAUCCUUUCACGGCUCGCAGAAAUCAACCAUGUAUGGGAAGAAAUGAAGACCACCCUCAAGAACCGGGAAGAGUCCCUUGGGGAGGCAAGCAAACUGCAGCAGUUCCUGAGAGACCUGGAUGACUUCCAGUCUUGGCUAUCCAGAACGCAGACUGCAAUUGCAUCCGAAGAUAUGCCAAACACGCUGACAGAGGCUGAGAAGCUGCUCACUCAACAUGAGAAUAUUAAGAACGAAAUCAACAAUUAUGAGGAAGAUUAUCAGAAAAUGAGGGAUAUGGGUGAGAUGGUGACACAAGGGCAAACUGAUGCUCAGUACAUGUUCUUACGGCAGCGCCUACAAGCUUUGGAUACUGGAUGGAAUGAGCUUCACAAAAUGUGGGAGAACAGGCAAAAUCUCCUUUCCCAGUCUCAUGCCUACCAGCUAUUUCUCAGAGAUACCAAGCAGGCAGAAGCAUUUCUUAAUAACCAGGAGUAUGUUUUGGCACACACGGAAAUGCCCACUACCUUGGAAGGAGCAGAAGCUGCUAUUAAAAAACAGGAGGAUUUCAUGACCACGAUGGAUGCCAAUGAAGAAAAGAUCAAUGCAGUUGUAGAGACUGGCAGGAGGCUAGUUAGUGAUGGGAACAUUAACUCUGAUAAAAUCCAGGAGAAAGUGGACUCUAUUGAUGACAGACAUAGGAAGAACCGUGAAGCAGCCAGUGAACUUCUGAUGAGACUGAAAGAUAACAGGGAUCUUCAAAAGUUUCUUCAGGAUUGUCAAGAGCUCUCACUCUGGAUCAAUGAAAAGAUGCUUACAGCCCAGGAUAUGUCCUAUGAUGAGGCAAGGAACCUGCAUAGCAAAUGGCUGAAGCAUCAGGCAUUUAUGGCAGAACUUGCAUCCAACAAAGAAUGGCUGGAGAAGAUUGAAAAGGAGGGAAUGCAGCUCAUUGCAGAGAAACCAGAGACGGAAGCUGUAGUGAAAGAAAAGCUGACAAGUCUCCAUCAAAUGUGGGAAGAGCUUGAAUCCACUACCCAGACCAAGGCUCAGCGUCUCUUUGAUGCAAACAAGGCAGAGCUUUUUACCCAGAGCUGUGCUGAUUUGGAUAAGUGGCUGAAUGGGUUGGAAAGUCAAAUUCAGUCGGACGACUACGGAAAAGAUCUCACCAGUGUCAACAUCCUGUUGAAGAAGCAGCAGAUGCUAGAGAAUCAAAUGGAUGUUCGUAAGAAGGAGAUAGAGGAGCUGCAAAGCCAGGCACGGGCUUUGAGUCAAGAAGGGAAGAGUACAGAUGAAGUAGAUGGCAAACGCCUUACUGUAGAAAAGAAAUUUUUGGAGUUGUUGGAACCUUUGAAUGAAAGAAAGGCAAACCUGCUGGCCUCCAAAGAGAUCCACCAGUUCAACCGCGAUGUGGAAGAUGAAAUUUUGUGGGUUGGAGAGAGAAUGCCUAUAGCUACAUCUACUGAUCACGGACACAACCUCCAGACUGUGCAGCUACUAAUAAAGAAAAAUCAGACCCUUCAGAAAGAAAUCCAGGGACAUCAGCCUCGUAUCGAUGACAUUUUUGAGAGGAGUCAGAACAUUAUCACAGAGAGUAGCCCUAAUGCUGAAGCAAUUCAGCAGAGACUUGCAGACUUGCAACAGCUGUGGAACCUCCUAAUUGAGGAGACAGAGAAACGCCACAAGCGCCUGGAGGAGUCUCACAGAGCACAGCAGUAUUACUUUGAUGCUGCUGAGGCUGAGGCCUGGAUGAGUGAGCAGGAGCUCUACAUGAUGUCAGAAGAGAAAGCCAAGGAUGAACAGAGUGCGGUGUCCAUGCUGAAGAAACACCAGAUUUUGGAACAAGCUGUAGAAGACUAUGCUGAAACUGUGCACCAGCUUUCAAAGACCAGCAGGACUUUGGUGGCAGAUAAUCACCCAGAAAGCGAGCGUAUCAGCAUGCGCCAGUCCAAAGUCGAUAAGCUGUAUGCAGGCCUGAAGGAUCUAGCUGAAGAGAGACGGGGCAAGCUGGAUGAGAGACAUAGGCUGUUCCAGCUUAACCGUGAGGUGGAUGACCUGGAGCAAUGGAUUGCUGAAAGGGAGGUGGUGGCAGGAUCCCAUGAGCUGGGACAGGAUUACGAACAUGUAACGAUGCUACAGGAGCGAUUCCGAGAAUUUGCCCGAGACACUGGUAACAUUGGACAGGAGCGUGUUGAUACUGUUAACCACAUGGCAGAUGAACUCAUCAACUCUGGACAUUCAGAUGCUGCGACAAUUGCAGAGUGGAAGGACGGACUCAAUGAGGCCUGGGCUGAUCUCCUGGAGCUCAUUGACACAAGAACACAAAUUCUAGCAGCCUCUUAUGAACUGCACAAAUUUUACCAUGAUGCCAAGGAGAUCUUAGGACGUAUUCAAGACAAACAUAAGAAACUGCCUGAAGAGCUCGGUAGAGACCAAAACACGGUGGAAACACUACAGAGAAUGCACACAACAUUUGAGCAUGAUAUCCAGGCACUCGGCACCCAGGUGAGACAGCUGCAGGAGGAUGCUGCACGCCUUCAGGCUGCCUAUGCUGGAGACAAAGCUGAUGACAUCCAGAAGAGGGAAAACGAGGUCCUAGAAGCAUGGAAGGCGCUGUUGGAUGCCUGUGAGGGCCGCAGGGUUAGACUGGUGGAUACAGGAGACAAAUUCCGUUUCUUCAGCAUGGUUCGUGAUCUCAUGCUUUGGAUGGAAGACGUUAUCCGACAGAUAGAAGCCCAAGAAAAGCCAAGGGAUGUUUCGUCUGUUGAACUACUAAUGAACAAUCACCAGGGUAUCAAAGCAGAAAUUGAUGCCCGAAAUGACAGCUUUACUACCUGCAUUGAGCUCGGCAAAUCUCUUCUGGCAAGAAAACACUACGCAUCAGAGGAGAUCAAGGAAAAGCUGCUGCAGCUGACAGAAAAGAGAAAAGAAAUGAUUGACAAAUGGGAAGACAGAUGGGAGUGGCUGAGACUGAUUUUGGAGGUACACCAGUUUUCAAGAGAUGCAAGUGUGGCAGAGGCCUGGCUGCUGGGACAGGAGCCCUACCUAUCCAGUCGUGAAAUAGGUCAAAGUGUUGAUGAAGUGGAAAAAUUAAUUAAACGGCAUGAAGCAUUUGAAAAAUCUGCAGCUACUUGGGAUGAGAGAUUUGCAGCACUGGAAAGACUGACCACGUUGGAACUGCUGGAAGUACGUCGACAACAAGAGGAAGAGGAGAGGAAGAGACAGCCGCCCACUCCAGAGCCCAGCCCAAAAGUUGCAGAGGAUGCAGACUCCCAGCAGCAAUGGGAUGGGACAAAAGGAGAACAGGUUUCCCAAAAUGGUUUGCCAUCAGACCAGGAAUCUCCACGGGUUAGUUACCGCUCCCAAACCUACCAAAACUACAAAAACUUUAUUAGCAGACGGACAGCCAAUGACCGGUCGUGGUCUGGACUGUGACAUACAGAAUCAUUUGCAGCAAAAGACACCUAUUUUUCAGUAUGGUUUACUGGUACUGGUUUAAUCUUUUGGCUUCAGAUUUCCCUGCUGCUUUUCUCUUACUUCCCAUCAGUUGACUUUUCUUUAAUUAGCAGCCCCUUGGAGAUAUAUUUGCUUCACUUUAAUCCUUGUUUAUUUGAAUCUCCCCACUGACACUCAGUUGCUGUAAGGUGACACAUUUAUUUCAUGUUAUUUACUCUGAGUUUUUCAUGUCGCUAAUAGUAUUAAGAUUUUCCAGCUAAAUCGUCCUUUAUAUGAGUAAUUGAGAUUUAAUGAGAUUACAUCAUAAUGAAGAAGAGAACUAGAAUCUGACAGGUAUGACGCAUCGAGUUAUACUAACAGGUUUCAGCACGGCAACGUUAUUAAAUCAGCUGCAUUAGCAAGUGAGUUAUUUACAAGGCCAAAGAUAAUACAUGCAAGUGAGUUCGGCAGUAAAGGCUGGGAGGGAGGGGAGAGUUGAAACUAUCGACAAAUAAAAGCCUUAAGGUUAGUUGUAUAACAUUCCAUGCAGAAUGGACUCAUUGACUGCAGAUAAAAAUAAACAUGAAAUGAAACAUUAAAAACUAGUAUCUAGAUUUAUCUUGAUAUUUAGUCCUUAUGAAGAGUUGUGAUCUUGCUGAAUAACUAUUUUGGGGCCCCAUUUUGCCUUGGUCCUGUCCAGUUUACACUACAGCAAUUCGAUUUACUCACACUGGAGAGACAGUGGUAUAAAUGAGAGUAGGGUGUGGACCCUUAUGGAGAGGUUGUGAUGCUUUUCUUUAAAAACUAAAUAAAAUACAUUGGUCUAAGAUCCCAGCUCUUUGUUUUACAUGAGUGCAGGUUCAAUGGUCCAUGCCUUAUUCAUUCCUUCUCAACAGGGGAUGUCCCAGUGGAGUCAGAAUGCAUGCCAAUAACCUUAAUGUGCAGCCAUAAAAAUACCAGUAAAUGUGUAUAUGUAUUUAAUGCAAAGCAGUAGUUGAAAACAGGCUUACCUCUCCCAUUACCUUCCUGCAAAGCCUACUUGUUUCAAUUAAUGCUUUGAAUGGUGAGAAAAAUGACACUUCUUUUUCUUAGAUUUUUGAACCUCACUCUCUGAGGUAAUAUUAAGUGCAGGAAAGGCUCCUGGCAGGCUCAGAUCGGUCGAUAUUAGAGCUCUUACCAGUACUGCGAAGGAAAUGCAAGUCCCAGUCUAGGACUCUGGGAGGAAAUGCCUUUCAGCACAAGUUUAUCCUUCACAUCCAUCCCAGUUACUUUUGGGUCUGCACACCGUCUCUGUCAAUGCCUAGGAUACGAAGCAGUUCUACAUUUUUCUUUCUUUAAAUAAAGCCUUUUGGUUCAUCUUUAAUAUUAGAUUAUGAAGUGAGCUGUCUGUUGUACAUCUAAUGUUUAUGAAAUGAUAUAUAGUUGUGGAAAGGAACAUGAGGUGGCCUGCAAGCACAUCCCAGAUCAUCAUCAUCUUGUUGGUUACCACAGCCUUACACAUCAUCUGUUUGCUUCUUUUUUUAUUUUAUUUUAUUUUAUUUUAUUUUAUUUUAUUUUAUUUUAUUUUAUUGCCAUGAUACAUGAUGCAUUUCCAUGUUAAUCUUCGCCACCUGCACUUCAGUCUUUCAUGAGAGCUUUUUAGCUCAGUUCAUUGCAUCUUGUGUUGCAAUACAUCAGAUGUACACAGCUGUAUUAUUUCUGAUUUGAGGUGCAAGAUACGCUGCUGUUGAUCAGAAUUUUGACUUCUGACAACUAGCUGAGCAGUGCAGCUGAAUUGUUCUGUAUGGGCUGAGCUUGUAAAGUGAGAAAGGUGAUUGAAAGGAUGUGCUUCAGUAAUUGUACUUUUGCUGUAACUUGUCUUUCCACUUCAUGAUGCAUGUUUUUUUUUCUUUUGUCAGGAUAACAACAUAUAGCUUCUUAAUGCUUUUAAAAAUUCCAUAUAAAUUUAUGCAGACGAUCUGGUGACUACCUACACUAGUGUUGGCUCUCUGUGCCUGUGAGAGUAUGACAGUUCUCAGAGCAGUAUAGCUGUAGCUUCAGACUCCACCAUCUGGGAAGCCUUCAGAUGUAUUCUGGCUAAAAAGUAGUAUGUAAAAGUAAUUUAUAUAGAUACACAUUUUUACUUGUAUUAGUACACUUAUAUAUAAAAAUUACACUUUUAUGGUGAAGAAAAAUUAAGUAAUCAGUUAAGGUCAUCAUUUUACGCAGUAGAAGUGAAGAUUUCACCUAUUUAUUAUAGCAUAUGGUACUGGCUUAAAACAUUAAAAUGGUACUUAUGCAAGAACAAUAUAUAGGCUGUCAUCUAUUUGCAUCUGAAAAGGCAAAUACGUCUCUAUUAUUUAAGCUGUGGUGCAGAGACUUAAGCUGAUGAACUGAAUAUAAUGUUGCUCCAAGCACUAUGAAAAUCAAAGGGAUGUCUCCAGUCAUUGUCACCAGCUGUCUUGUUGCAUGUUAUAGUCCUGAUUUAAAUAUCUCAAGAUCAGUCCUUAGCCACUAAAGCACUUGCAACUAACCCCUCAGUCAUGAUUAAGAAAACUGUAUUCAUGUACGUGGUAACUGUUUUGUUGUAACAGUACAGUUUGCUAUUAAUGUUUGUCCUCUGUUGCGUUGUCUCUGCAUGCCUGGUGCAUGUUUCCAUUAAAGUUUGUUUAGCUCCUGUUUUUUCUCUAUUUUCAUGACAUAUUCUUUGCAUAGCUGUUUAUGAUUCAGAUUUAUUUUGCUUGUUUUCUGUUAAUUGUAGAUAACACAUGAAAAGGAAAUAAAACCUGAAAGAGCAUCAGAAAAGCUUUUCAUAGCCCUUUUACAAUCAGUAGAAUUUUAAGUAGAAGUUACAGAUCGGAUUGUGUGAUUAAAGUUGGCAGUUAUCUUUUAAAACUACAGGGUUGCAGAUUGCAGCACUGAAUUACAUGUUAUUUCCCAUAAAACCACAUUAAGUAGCUGUGCAGUGACUGCUGUUCUGAAACUCGUCUGUUUUACUUCAGAUUAGUGGUUAUAGCUACCCCAAAAUCAGUAAUAUUUUCACGUCUUGCCAGUAUCGCUACAGAAAAGAUGCUACUUUCAGCAUCAGUCUAGGUAAAAGGUAGUUCUGGGUAGUUUAUGUAAGUUGUUGAGAUACAUUACUGUGGUCUGUGCAGUUCCUUAUUGCUGGUCACAAAGGGUUCAUGUAUCUCAGGGAUCCAGCCAGCUGAAAAGCAGAGAACUGGAAGUUCAGUAACUGUCACUGGUCAAAAAGAUUUGCAAAGGGCUGUCCUUUUUCUUGAACGUGAUCUGUUGGCCGUUGGUGAUCAGCACCAGUGAUGACUGAUUAAUGGAGCUUUCAUUGGUGAAUCACUGGUGGUUUCUUUCACUACCUGUGUUCUAGUAGCUGUGCUGGCAGUGUUUGGGUAAUCUUCAGCCUCAUCUAUUUAUUUACACUCUCCCCCCUUUAAUGCAACACUUCUGUUAUGUUUUGAGAUUUGGAUACAAAUAGUGAGGUUUGAUGGCUUAGACUUACUAAUUGUGAAGGAGCAGUGUCAUUGAUUUUGACUUCCACUGGGUGACAGUGCAGGGUAGAUGUUUCCUCUUAUAAAUUAGGCUGUAAGGCUACACGUCUUUAGGGACAGAGUAAAACAGAUAUGACUGAAGUGGAAUGUGAGCUGUGAUUCUUUCCCUGUUUCAGUGGUGUAGUGUCUGUACUCUGGAGAUUUAGAUUGCUUAAAGGCAGUUAACCAAUCCUUCCCAUAUUCAUAGCGAGUUGACACUUAGUUCUUCCUAGGUCAAUAUAUGAGGUACAAAGGUGUGAGGUACAAUAAUGUAUACUUGGCAGGUAUAAGAAGUUCUAGCAAACAGUGGCAAAAUUUAGUUUGUUGCAUAAUAAUUCGGCUGCUUUUGAAUUGUCCAGGCCAUGUGCAGAAGUGGGAAUGUCUAAUUGUUCUGCCAUUCACAAAUACCUGCUUGUCUGCAUAAAAACAGUCCAGAAUGUUUGUAAUCUACUAGAGCAUUAGCAGCACUAAGCUUUAGUAACUUGCUAAUAAUAAUAAUAAUACACACUGGUUGUGUAACUCUUGAGCUGCUACCAAUGGCUCUACAUGUCAAAGUAAUGGUACAAGAGAAAAAAACUGGGACCAAGCUGCAUUUCAAAAGCUUAUAGCCAUUAGGAUUCCAAUUUAAAUGAUUUUUGGAUGAAUGGCUCCUGAAGACGUCGACAGCUUGACCAGUCAGAGCUGCUGGAAACAUGGCUGCUCUCUAGGCUAUCUCGAUCACAGUGCGACAGGCAACGCGAUCAACAAAGCAAGUGAUGGGCAAGGCCUUGGUUCUGUCUUUGUUUGGGGGUAAAUAGCUGUGUGAUGUUGUGUGACUGUGGUGGUUUUCAGUUCCUUUAACAAAAAUCCAAUCCACCUAAUAACGAAAGUCUGAAGAAGACCUUGAUAAAUUGACACAUGACCUCAUUUCCCUUGUCUUUAAGAUCCAAUAUCCUAACUGGGAUGGUGGAGAUGAAAUGCAUGGUGUAAUCUUUCUAAUUUCUGCAUGUGUUGAUUUUGUUGUGUCACUAGGGGAACGGGGAAAGCGGGAAAGGAGCUUUUACAGAAACAAAUAAAUUACACAAUUUUUUGUAAAUGCUCCUGGGCAAUUUUGGCAUAUUUUUCUGCUGACUCAUAGUUAAUACCUUUUAUGGACUUUUAAUACCCCAGUAAUGCCAUAAAUGUAUUUAAGGUGGCUGAUGUGUAUAACUUCUACUGUUUCUCUAGGUUUGCAGAAAGUGUGAUUGUUACUGUUCCAAACAUUUGAGUACUUAGCAAGAUAAUUGAAUGCUCUCAUUUUAGGAAUAACAA